UGAGAUAGUUUUGGUCGUUUCAGUUGAAAUGUAUGGCGUCUUCCUAUUUCGUUGUGCUGGAUGGAGCAGACGCUGGAAUAUACAACUCCUUGAAUGAGGCGGAAGCCAAAUGUGGCUCCUUGGACGCCAGAACAGUCGAGAAGUACCAGAAUUUGCCUGAUGCUUUUAAUUGCUUUCAGUCGCGCAGAGUUAGUUUGUCAGGAUCUCAAUCGCAGUCGCAAUCUAGUGAAACGAUGGGAACAAAAGUAGAAGAAAAUAUUAUACGUCGCACAAAAAGCCAAUGCAAGCCUAAAGCAGAAUCUUUUGAACCAGAAUUUUCAAAUGUGACUGAUGAAUUUCUUCGAAGUCCUAAAAAGAUAGUCAAAACAUCUAAAAGCGCAGUGAAUAGAGUUUCUUCUGUAAAGAAAGUCUCUGAAGUUGCUAAGAAAGUACCAAAAGCUGAAAAGAAAACACUGAAGUCUCCAAAAAUUGACAGGAAGCCAAAAACCCGAAAUGUCUGCAUACAAGCUGAACGAAUGGCUACAGCAUGUGCCAAAUGCAAAAAUGGAGUAAAGCAAUCCCAAUCUCAAAAAUGGGUGGCAUUGAUCGACAAUGGGAGCCAGACUAACGUGGCGACGCUAACUAAAGGAAUGCAAACUUCUGUUUGUGCUGAUUUGGGAGGCUGUGUUUGCUGCAUUUCGUCAGAGGUUUCUAAGAUACAAUUGUCGGAGGUAUCAUGGGACAGUCUAAGGUCACUCACAGUGCCUUUUCUUGGAAAACUAACGAAGGAGGGGGAAUGUCUGGCUCCGCGAAAAGAUCUUCCUACCGAGUGGUAUCUGAGACACGAUUGGUUCAGCCUCAAAGCUACAAUAGCCUCAAGCAGGUCGAAGAAGAAAACGAAUGCAAGAGCAAAUUACCCGAGAAGUCCUCUGAACAGAAAACGAACCAGGGCCUCGACAAUCGUUCGAAAAGCCUUGACGAGGAAUACUCCUGGUGGAAGCGUUGGUAUGGCAACGAAUGGUUUCAAAAUUCCAAAGAAGAAGAGGCGACUGGAAGAAGAGGUGGAUGAUCACGCGGACUCUGGCAUGUCUGGAAUUGGAAUGGACAUGGAUUGGAUCCAAUGCACUCAAGCUCGGUUAGACGAUGUGACAUACGACUCAAGAGACAUUCCACAUGACUCGAUAGGACUGGAUUACGAAAUUAUCUUCUCAGACUACCUUUCGAUGUCAGUGACUCACGUCAAGAUUGAAGACGCCUACAUUCAGUUGAAUCACCAAAUUCAAAACCUCGUUCGAUUUCUCAAUAUGCUCUGUAGGCGAACCUCAGUGACUAAAGUUGAACUGAAAACAUGCAGAAGUGGUAUGAGAGCAGAUGAACAAUUAGCGCUUCUGAAUGAAUUGAAGUUUUGCAUGAAGAAAACUAGGUGCAUUGAUUUUGCGUUUGUUUUUGACACACGCCUGCAUGACAGAAUUAUUAAAUUCAAUAACGGAUGGUCGGUGUGUUUGGGGAGAGGUCUGGACUAUUUCCAAAAAAGUGAUUCUAUACUUGACAGAAACGACAUGUCUGUACGUAAAACCCGGGCUUUCAGAGUUAUAACUUAUAAAUCUGGAAAAUUCUGAUUUUUUGGUUGAUUUAUUUGGGUGCUACAUGCCACGUAUCGAUGAUCAAUUAAUUUACAACAAUUUUUGUUUUAGAACUUUGAGAAAUAUAUGAUAUAUACGAUAAUUUUGUUUUGAAUAUGAGUCUUGUGGAAAUGUAGAAA